CUUAUCAUCAAAGAUCAAAAUGGCGACCAGUUGGUGAUUACAUUUUUCAAAACAAAAACAAAAAGCUACCCUACCACAAUCUGUCUCAGGAAAUACUCUAUUGGAAAAGUGCGACACGAAACCAAAAUUUUUUCUCUCAGCAAACAAAAUGGACACAUCCCAAUCGACAGUUGGCGGUGAAAGCCAACCGCCAGCCACGAAGGAGGACUACAUCCAGAAGAGGUUGAACAAAAUGCUGGAAACCCGCAUCGAAACGGACCGGGAAACGCUGGACGCGCUAGCGGAUUUGUCCCAGUUCUAUACGGAAAACACGCUUCAGUCGAGGCGGAAUCUCCGGUCCCAAAUCGAACGGCGAAGUUUGAUGAUUAAUGAGAACUUCUUGGCUUCGUUCCGGGAGGUGAAAGAAUCCCUAGAUGCCAUCUGCGCCGACAUCAAUGCCAUCAGCGAUUCGGUCCGGGGCAUGAAGACUCAACUGAGCAACACGGAAGCACAGCAGCAGGAGCUGAUCCAGCAAGCCGGCCGACUGCAGGAGGAAAAUGGAAAAUUGCAACUACAGCAUCGAGUUGCUUCUGGUUUCCUGGCUCGUUUUCAAUUGUCGGUUGCCGAGCAUCAAACGCUUUAUGGGGUCACUAGGGAUGAACCGAUAACGGCUGAAUUUUUCAACGUUUUGGAUCACGUGCAAUCAAUUCAUUCGGAUUGUAAAACCUUACUGCAGAGUGGCUAUCAGACGGCUGCUUUGGACAUAAUGGAAGAGAUGACCCUUCAUCAGGAGGCGGCUUUAGAGCGAUUGUAUCGGUGGACUCAAAGCCACUGUAGAAAUGUUGAUGCCAACGAAAUCAGCUCGUUGGUGGUUCAAGCCAUGGCUAGGCUUCAGGAGAGACCGGUUUUGUUUAAGUACGUUAUCGAUGAGUACUCAACCGCUAGAAGAUCGGUUGUGGUUCGCAGUUUUAUUGAUGCUUUAACAGUUGGAGGUCCCAAUACGAAACCAAUCGAGAUGUUGGCUCACGAUUCCAAACGCUACAUAGGGGAUAUGUUUGCCUACAUUCACCAGAUUUUGCCAGUGGAAAAGGAAAACCUUAUGAUGUUGGUCAAACUAUGUGACAAAGAUAUCACCGAGCAGAUUCAACUGGCGAUGACAAAUAUUUCCGAUGGAGUUUGUCACCCGUUGAGGGUGAGAGUGGAGAUGAUUCUGAACAGCGAGAAGGACACCAUUCUUUUGUAUUCAAUUUCGAAUUUGAUUCGAUUCUAUCAAAAUAUUAUCAAUAGCGUCGUCAAAGGAGGGCAACUGGAGCAGUGCAUUUUGGAUCUCCAGUCACGUUCAGAGUCAUCAUACCUUAGCUCCCUCACCUAUCAGGUCAAGCAACUGUUGCAGGGACCCAGCGAGCAUAAACUAGGCCUGGAACCUCCGCAAACCGAUUUGGUUCCCUCGCCGAGUGUGGGAAAGCUACUAAACCUUCUGAAAGAAAUCCUUUCGGUUGCCAGUAUGGUGGAAGGCAGUCAAUCGGACAUUCUAAAAAUCGUAUCAUGCGUCAUCGACCCUUUACUUCAAUCGAUUCAAGAAUCGGCCUCACAUCUCCCCACAACUGAUAUGGCUGUGUAUCUGUUAAACUCGCUCUAUCAGAUCGAAAGUGUCCUCACGAUUUACGAGUACAUGGACGAGCGCCUGGAACGAUUACAGGCCCAAUCGGAUGCUCAGCUGGAUACCCUAACUUCGGAACAGGCCUCAUCAUUGGUUGCAAAUCUCAACCUUGGACCCAUCUACACGGUACUGCAGAGCAGCGCCGCUCAAAUCGAGCAGCGACAUCUGCAGAUGUUUGUGUCUAAACUGGAUCAAUUUCUGGAGAUGCCGGAGAUUCUGCUGCUGCCGCAGGUUAACCUGUUGCUCAGUGGAAAUCAUAGGGCGACGGUACAGAAGCGAUCGUUCAAUGUGAUCGUUGCCAUCUAUCGGCAAAUUUACGAACGCAUCAACGAUCCGAGCUCUGGGUUCGAGCGGCCCGAAACGAUGCUACCGAAAACACCGGAACAGGUGGCGGAGUUGCUUUGCGGUUGAAAUUUUAAAGGUAAGAGUUGAAAUUAAAUUUAUUAAAAGAUCGUA